UACGCUCUAAAUAAUUGCCCAUAGCCACUGCCACUACGAUAUCACAAUAUUAUACAUUGUUCAGAUUUGCAGGUAACAAAAGUCUGAGUAAUUUAUAUCUCUUCAAGUGGUACAGCUAAAAUUUGCGUUUUGGUUCAAAUAGCUUUUUCAACCAAAUUAUUAAUCAUUUUUUUAUAAUAAUAACAGAAAGUAUUUGUGGCAUUUAUUAGUUAGAAUACAUUAAUUACACGUUAAAUCAAACGUGUAAACGGUUUUUUUUACACAUAUUCAAUUCAAUUCCAAUACCGCGAUCUUGAUUUGAUCCGCUAGAUAGGAUUUGUAAUAUGUUAGUAUAUAUGUACAUGUGUGUAUGUAUACCCAUGCGCAUACAAAGGCAUCCAACUCCAGUUACAUCCUAUUACGCUAUCUCCUUUGUUUACAAAAUUGAGAACGCGUUCUUUCCUGUUCUUCAUUUUUUACCAGACGAUCCUAGAUUUUCUAGAAUAAGACUAGAAUAACAUACUUAUAAUAGACUCAAGAAUAAGUUUUUAUUUCUCUGAUUCAGAUUGAACAGACAGAUAGGUUACGCACUUUUGCGGUUUAAUUUUCAAGUUCGAAUAAUCAGCACAGAAAAUUGUAUUCUUUGAUAAUAUUUUUAUAUUUUCCUACAGGCCUCUACUUUAAAUUCGCACUAUAAAAUAAAGCAAUAGUAAUCAAAUACUCUCGAAGAUGAAAGUUAGAAUUCGCAAUCUUAGUAAUUUUAAUGAAGAAACGCAAAUAAAAAUUUCCAAAACAGCAAAAAUUUCAAGACUAAAGAAAAAAAUUCAAAAGGUAUUAGCUAUAAAACCAAUUUUUCAAGGGCUUUAUUAUGGUGGUAAACAUUUAGAGUUGGAAAAUACUUUAUACGAUUAUAAAAUAAAUAAAAAUGAUGUAAUACAGUUAAGAAUGAAAAAUAAUUGCUGUGUUUUGAAUAAUACCUCAACUACACUGACAACAAAUAAAAUCCAACAAACAAAAGAAGAAAAGAAUAAUUAUGAAAAUUUAGAAGAUGUCGAGAGUGAUUAUUAUACCAUUGGAGAUUCGAUUGAUUGUCUUGAUUCUGAAUAUGGAGCUUGGUUUGAAGCAACUAUUAAAAGAAUAUGCAAAUCUGACAAAGAGUUAGUGUAUAUCAUUGAAUGGGAUCUUGUUGAAACACCUCAACAUUUUUAUGUAUCUAAAGAAUCAAUAAGACCAAGAGCCAAUAAAGUUAUUGCACCAGAAAAUUUACAAGUUGGUGAGAAAGUUAUGAUAAAUCAUAAUUUAGACCGUCCGUCUGAUGUUGGAUUUUGGUACGAUUUCGAAAUUGAAAAAAUUCUUUCUGUAAAUAGUAAAUAUAUACUAACUGGUAUUUUAUACAUAGGAAGAAACCAUGAGUCUCUUUACAAUUAUCAAGUAGAACUAAGAGAGAAAGUUUAUGCUAUAGCAAAGCCAAAACUUUUAAAGGAUAGAAUUCCAGAUAAUGAUAAAUAUGUAACUACAGCUAGAAGACCUAUUGCUCCACAAUGUUACCGUUGUUAUGACCAGUUGGAAGUUAAUUGUACAGAAUGUGGAUGUGUAGUUUGUGGAGGGAAAAAUAAUCCACAUCUAAUUUUAGUGUGCGAUGAAUGUGAAGAUGAGUAUCACAUUAGUUGCUUAAAACCACCUCUUUUAGAAAUACCAGAAGAUGAUUGGUAUUGUGCUAAAUGUAAAACUGAUCAAAAUGAAAUUGUCAAGGUGGGUCAGUUAGUCAGAAAAAGACCUUUGAACAAAUGUGAGAAAGUAUCUUCAAAAACUCAGAAAAGUAAGACAAAGAAAGAGAAAAAUGUACCUACUAAAAAAAUAACCACUAAAAAUAUACCUACUGUUCCUAGAAAUCAUAAAGGAGCAAUACCUGGUAUUGAAGUAGGAGCCUGGUGGUACAAUAGAGUCCAAUUAUUUCACUCAGGAAUGCAUAAUGCAACUGUAUCUGGAAUCCAUGGGAAAAUAAGUGAUUGUGCUUAUUCAUUGAUACUCUCUGGUAAUUACAAUGAUAUUGAUAAUGGAAAUGAAUUUAUUUACACUGGUGCUGGAGGGCAUGGAGCAAAGGGUGCUCUUAGUGUUCCAAUUGGAAAUCAAACACUGACUCGAGCCAACAAAGCAUUAGCAUUGAAUUGUAACGCAGAAUUUAAUGAUGAAGUAGGAGCAACAGCUACUGAUUGGAGAGCUGGCAUACCUGUCAGAGUCAUUCGAAAUUACAAGCUUGCAAAAUUUAGCCAGUAUGCUCCUACUGAAGGCAAUCGAUAUGAUGGUUUAUACAAAGUUGUAAAAUAUUAUCCUGAAAUUGAUAAAAGUGGAUUUCGCAUAUGGCGUUUCCUUUUAAGAAGAGACGAUCCUGCGCCACCACCAUGGACUCAUAUAGAUGAAUUAACAUGUUUGAGAUCAAGUUUAUCUAACAACAAUGUAAUAGAGUCAAUUGAAACUAAAAAAUCGCAACUGAAAGUUUGCAAUAAAAAUAAAAAACUCGAUGACGAGGAUAAGAUAAUGUCAAAGAAGAAAGAAGCGGAACAUUAUUAUCUGGAUAGUAAUAUUUCGAGACUAAUUGAAAAAGAUUAUGUUAAUUCUAAACUGUGGGAUCAUUGCAAAUCUUAUUUACCCAAUGGCAAAAAAUCAUUUUUAAAUCAAGUUUUGCUAUCUCUCAAAUGCGUUUGCUGUCAUGAAUUAGUUAUUAAACCUGUAACAACACCAUGUGCGCAUAAUAUAUGUCGAACUUGUCUUCAAAAAAGUUUUGCAGCUGGCAUAAAAUGUUGUCCAACAUGUAGAUUUAACAUUGGAACCGUUCGUGUUUUAAUCAAUAAGAAAUUAACUGAAAUCUUAUCUUUACUCUUUCCAAAAUAUAGUAAGAGAAAAAUAUAAUUUUCUCAACAUUUUUUGUACUUCUCAUAAGUUUUUAUUAUAUUUUGUACAUAUAUAAGUUACAAUCAAAGUAGACUUUUUUGUAAGUACUUGAAAGAAAUAAGAACUUGGCUCAUUCAAUGACAAAACGAAUGAAACGAAAUAUGUUUUGUUUUUUUUAUUUAGAGUAGAUAUUUUUUUAUUUUACCUAUAAUUGGUAAUGAAUAAAUGAUUAUUGAUAGCUUAUAUAAGCUAAUAUUUUUAUACGCGUAUAUAUUGGACUUUUUAUAUUACAUGUAUACAAAGUACAAUACAUUUAAAAUAAAAGUGUUUUUUUUAUAUCAUGCAUGAUAUUUUGUAUUGUCAA